GGCUGAAGGGAAGGGCUGGGGUCCCGGGGCGGGAAGUCGAGGAGCCGCCGGACGGAGACAGGUCCGGCAUCCAGAUAAAAGUUCCAAGAUGCCGGGGCGGUCAAACUCAGGUUCCACUGGCUUCAUCUCCUUCAGCGGCGUAGAAUCUGCCCUCUCCUCCUUAAAAAACUUCCAGUCCUGUAUCAACUCCGGAAUGGAUGCCGCCUCUCACGUGGCUUUGGAUCUUGUGGAGACUCAGACUGAAGUGAGUAGUGAAUACAGUAUGGACAAGGCGAUGGUUGAGUUUGCUGUAAUGGACCGGGAGCUUAACCAUUACAUAAAGGCUGUCCAGUCUGCAAUAAAUCAUGUCAAAGAAGACCGUCCAGAAAAUGUACCAGAUUUAAAACUACUGGUGGAAAGGAAAUUUGUGGCAUUGCAGAAUAAGAAUUCUGAUGCAGACUUUCAAAAUAAUGAGAAGUUUGUGCAAUACAAGCAACAGCUGAAAGAACUUAAGAAGCAGUAUGGCCUUCAAGCAGACAGAGAGGUGGACGGGACAGAAGGAGUUGACGAAGAUAUGAUUGUCACCCAAAGCCUGACCAACUUCAUCUGCCCUAUCACACAGUUGGAGAUGAAGAAGCCGGUGAGAAACAAAGUCUGCGGCCACACCUAUGAAGAGGAGGCCAUUGUCCGCAUCGUGGAGUCCAAGCACCGGAGGAACAAGAAGGCCUGUUGCCCUAAGAUCGGCUGCAGCCACACGGACGUGAGGAUGUCAGACCUGGUCCAGGACGAGGCGCUCCGCAGGGCCAUAGAGAGCCACCACAAGAGGAGAAGCCGGCGCGUGGAAUAGGACGGCCUGUGCACCAGCCGCUGCCCCCCGCCCUGCCCUCCUGCCACAGCUUCAUGCCUCCCAGCCCUUGAGGACCGCCAGCAACUUUCUCCACGUUUCCCAGCAAAACAAGAGUAUUAUAGCAUUUAUUUUUUAAGUGUUCUGUAAUUUGAAAUAAAGCGUUGACGAUCUGCA